ACCUGAUAGUAGAAGAGCCACCAUGGAGUCAGUGGGUCAGGAGAGUCUCCUCCUCCUUUCAGUGCGCACCUCCCCUUGGCAGCGUGCGGACAGACAGAGGAGACGCCUUGGCCACACUUCUGAUGUUUCCACAACCUGAAGGGACUACAAAAGGAAGCGGACGUUUGACUGCACAUGUGACAGACAGGAGGGACGAUAUCGACUUGGAUGAACAUGACCGGGUGGAUCAUCGCUGAACGGGUUACCACACGUUGCCGGUAGGUGAAGCUGGUCCGCUUUGCACACCGCCCCCGACGAUGAACAAAGACGAGGAGCACCUGAUCUACGCCAUCACCGUCCCGCUGUCGACCUCCAUCAUUCUGGCCAACCUCCUCAUCAUCUCGGGCAUCUUGUGCAACCGCCAGCUCCACAACACGCCCAACUACUUCUUCCUGAGCCUGCUGGUGGCGGACAUGUGCACGGGCGUGGCGCUGCCUUUCAUACCCCUGAUGUCGCUCAACCGGGAGUUGAGCUUCGGCUCCUGCCUGGCGGCGCACAUUUUCCCGAACUUCCUCUUCCUGGCGUUCCUUCUCAACUUGGUCAUGGUCCACUACGAGCGGUACAUCUGCAUCGUGGAGCCGCUGCACUACAGCAACUUGUGGAUGCACCGCAGUUUCCCCCUGGCGUUGUCGCUGGUGUGGGCGCCGCCGCUUCUGUACGCGUCCCUGCCGGCUUUUGGUUGGAACAACUGGGGCGGUCCGGACUGGGACGGCUGCUGCGCCCGAGGCCCAAAGUGGACUCUUGGGUCGAGCUGCUCCACCAACGUGACCGUGUGCUGCUCGUACAGACGCGUGUUCCCCAACGCCUUCCUCUACCUGGAAGUGUACGGCCUGGUCUUGCCCGCCAUUCUCAGCAUCGCUGCCAUGACGGGCCGCGCGCUGUGGAUCACCCGGGGUCAGCUGAGGGACAUCUGCCGCCUCCAUCGCUCCGUGGAGCGCGGUCAGGCCUCGGACCGGGAGCACAGGCUCAACCUGCGCUACGCUCGCUGCGUGGCGGCCGUGUCGCUGACCUUCCUGGCGUGCUGGGUGCCGUACCUCAUCUACAUGCACGUGUGCAUGGCCUUGCUGAUGAGCGACACCAGGUGGAGUUCCACCGCCCACAUCGUGCUCUCCUGCACCGGCAUCGGGAGCAUGGCGGUGGUGCCGCUGGUGCUGGGCCUCGCCAACAAGCAGUACACGGAACCGGCGUGCAAGCUGCUCCUCAAACUUCGAGACAGGCUGAGGCGGAGCACGCAGACGCCAAGCGAGUCUGCGGUCUGAACCAACAUCGAUAAUUGGGAACCGUGGGUUUCUUCAACUUGUACCAGGGGUGGGCUGUUCUGUUCCGAUCGAUCGGACGCUCGACGGUAUCGGACGAUUUUCGUGAAAUUUUAAGGGCCUAUUGAAAUGAGAUUUCCUUAUUUAAA